AUAAGUACUUGUUCACUUACUUUUGAAAAGUUUUGUUUUAUUUUAUAUAUAAAAGCUCUUUAAAAAUACAGUUUGUGGUAGAAAACUCAAACUGUUGUUUUCCAUAUUUUUUGCAGAUGUAAUUAAAGAAGCGGUAAAAGAUAAUUUGUUUAUUAGCAUUUUGCUACUUUUUGCUUUUAGCUUUUUACUUCUUUCAAGCUUUUUGACUAGCUACUUUUAAGCCAUUUGUUUUAGAUCAUUUUUGAUACUUUUAGUUAGUAUUUUCUUACAUUAGCAAGCUUUUUGCCACUGUUAGCUUGAAAGUAGCAUUUUGUUACUUUUUGCUUUGAGCUAGCAGUUUGAAGGUUUGCAGAGAGCUACUUACUUUGCUGAAACCAUCUGAAGUCAAGCACUCAGUCAAUUACUGUUGUUUUAUUAACAGUAAAACUUGUUCAGAAUAGCUCAUUAUCUAAGCUCAAGAUUUAAUAUAAAGAUUUAAUUUUUAUGUAAGACCCAUCAGAAACAUGAAGCUGUUUUUAUUCGACACUGAAAGCCCAGCAGUUAGAAUAUCUUGACUCUUAUUGUUCAAAUAAYUSAUUUGUUCUGUAUUUUMGUUUUGCUUUGAUAAAGUUUUAGUUUGCUACUGAAAUAAUUUUUAUUGUCAUUAAUCUUAGAKUACUUGUGUCAGCUAUGGUUGUUUUUAAAGGAGCUAAAGAAAUAAACUUUUUGUUGUAUUUGUUCAKGAAAAGGCUCCCAGACAAGCUCCGAUGGGACGGAUGGACAGGAUCAGUGCUGCAGUAACAGCUUGCAUCAGUGCGUUGCUGAACAGACUGUGUCCCACCCCACCUUCACCCUCCAGAUCUCCAGAGCCUCCAGUCAGACAUUUGCCUCGUGYUUCUUUGAGACGACAGAAGGUCUGUCCUCUGUUAGUGGACCCUCCUACAGCUCCAGAAACAUCAGAACAGAGUCUCAGUCCCUCUCAGAGUCUCAAAGAGUUUGAGCUUCUGGAGCGUCUGUUCAUGGUCAUGGAGGACAACCAGCAGCUCAGAGAGGAGAGUCUCAGGUUCUCAACACCUGAUGAGGAGSCCCCCUCUGUGACAGUUCCACCUUCAACACCACCUCCAUCGCCCAGGAGAAGGUCCCGCAUCCCUGUAAGCGUCCGACGCCUCCUUAAAAGUACUAAACUGUGGAGACAUCACAUAUAUCCAGCUGAGACAUCCAUGUCCAAAGGGCACACCACCACGCAGCCAGUGGGGGGGCCCAAGAUGAUCCUGGAGAGGGGGCAGCCCAGGAUCCAUCCUGACAGGUCAGCAGGCUGCGUGCUGAUGGUUCUGUUCAACACUGGACUGAGCCACCUGAGUCCASCGGUGAGGAUCAGCACUGCUCAGCAGCUCCACCUGCUGGCUGAUGACAUGGGAGGGGAUGCAGUUCUGACAGCAGGACCCGAUUUCCCCUCAGGCUUCCUCCUGGCUCUCAGUCAGAUGUGUCUGGAUGCUUCAGCUGCAGUCAGGUCAGUUAGCAGGCCCCAUGGACAUGCUGUUCUCCGACAACUUUGAAUUCAUGAGGAGUGGAAGAGAAAGACCGUCUUCCUGUGCAAAAAAUCCUGCUAAAGGCCAGAAGGACAGAGACAAGCAGAGGGACGCAGAGACGACUGAAGAAAUGUAUUGGGGUCUGUUUAAAAUUUGAGUAUAUGGGGUCUUAUAAGGUGUGCAAAUCUAGAUAUGGGCUUAAAUCUAAUCUAAAURUCUCUUGUAGUUACUUGUAUUUUAUAAUUAAUCUUAACAUAAUUACAAUCUAGUAACCGCUGGUGGGCCAAACAAAAUGGUUUGACAGGCCAAUUUUGGCCCGCGGGCCCCACUUUGGGCACCUCUGAUAUAGAGGGUGAGUUAAAAGUUGCAGGACACCCUUUUUAUUUUGACCCAGUAUGGUGGAGUUUGAGAUUGCAGCCAUGUUCAGACACGUCACUUUCCCUUUUCUUUUAGAAAUAAAAGGCUGUCCUGAGACUUUUGACUCACUCGRUAUUUUACUACGUAAUAUUAAAUUUAUGUAGACAGUAAUGGUGUAAUGGAGUUAGGAGCUUUUCGUGUAAAUUUGGCAAAAAAUUGUCCAAGAUUCAAAGAAAAGAAUCUUCAGAAAGAAAUAUUUCUUGUUAAAUYAGAGGCAAAGUGUUAAGACAUAAGGGAUGACUCAAGUUUUUUAAUUGUCAAUCUGAGCCUCUUCAGUUGGUGCUCCAGAAAAAAACUGAUCAAACGGUGUUCAGUUCGACGGACUUGUUUCGAGCCACUCUGACUUCAGAGGCAGAAAUUAGUCUGAAGAGAAAUUCUUACAUAUUAAAAGUCACCUUUAAUUAUCAAGCAGAACUCCACAGCAGUCGUGUUUUUUUAAUAAUAAAUGUUUACAGCUGACCACCAGAGGGAAGAACGUCAGAAAGCUUUUUCUGAUCUUAAUUAAGCCCUGCGUGCUCUCCUUCAACUCACCUAUUCAGUCGUUCUAUCUUUACAUCUUUUUUUCUCUUCCGUUCUGCUCUCAAAGCUUUUAACGUGUAGAUUAUUUUGCCUCAGUCUCUGCUCUUUUUUUCCUCUCCCCMUUCACAUGAGGAUGCCAAGGCCGAGAUUGAGGGAAACCCAAAUUGGGGGCAGAAAKGGGGGAUUAGAGCAGCUGUUUAAUCUAGGACAGACUUGCACAGUGCCGUGCCACGCAGCCACACACCCCCACCCCUCUAUCCCUGCAUCAGUCUAUCUUGGAUGGUCCUUUAAAUGUUUAAACUAAUGGAUUUGAUAAGUGUUUUUUUUCCUCUCUUCCUUCCUAACAGGAGGGCUAUAAUCCCUCAUGGAUUUAAAUGAAAUGUGAAAUGUCACAAUGCCAGGGACCCUUUUAGAGGUGUGUGUACGUGUUGAUUUUUGUGUGUGUGCGUAUGCUYAAAUCUCCACUCCAGACUUUUUUUUUUUAUUCCCCAUCCCGGGCUGCACAUAAACAUGUUUGAUAAACAGAUUAGCACAAUGAAAAGCGAAAUGUUUUGAUGGUUACAGGAGCACACUUGYACAAACUCCAGGGACACAUGUCGACAUUGUGACUGUCGGCUUCAAGCGUCAUGAAAUGUUGACCUUCAACCUCGUGGUCACCGAUGGAAAGAGUGGAAAACAAAUGUUUCGCUGUGACGUUGACAUGUUCUUUGAUUGCAGUGCCUCACUCACUUCUGUGCUAACGAGCCGUAAAAUGUGCGAUUUGAAGGUCAGCUCUUCACAUCUCAGAAGCUUUCUACAACACAGCUGAAGAAGUCUGCCGUUUUAGUUGUGAUGAAGGACAAAAAGGGAGUGUGGACUUUUCAGCACAUAAUCUGUCGUUUCUACUGGAAGGCCUGGUUACCGUCUGUCAGCUGAUUGGACAAUGAGGUUUAGGAAACUGUCACUCUGCCCACAGAAACAAAUAUUUCCACAUGUUUUUGUGCCCUUUUUGGUAAAUCUAAAUGUCAGAUCUGUUGCUGUAAGUAAACAAUAAGAUGAA